CAGAUUUUUUGUAAACAAUUUUUCCAAGCCAGAUUUUACAACAGAAAAAUUUAGCUUUCACCUUCUUUUUUUCAUUAAUUUAUUGAGUAAAUUGUCAAUUUUCUUUUGUGACUUAAAAAAGCCUUGACUGUUUAUGUACCUCGGAGCUUAUUUUCAAUUUCUUUAAAUUGUAUUUGGGACAGAAGUAGUUGAUAACAGCGUUUUCGGAACUGCUAUAUGGAACGUAAUUGAAGAUGCCGGGAGUUAAAAAUCUGCAUGACAGCGAUCCGGAAGAAAUGGAUCAAGAAACAGCCGAGAGUGAAAAGUCCAGUAAUGAUGAUACAGAUUCAUCAUCUGGCUCAGGAUCAGAUGAUGACGAUAGUUCAGAGGUCAAUGAAGAAGAUUUUGAUCGGAGAAGAAAUGAAUGUUUGAAUCAGAUGGCAGAACUUGAAAAACAGUUUAUUUUGAUGAAAGAACAAUUAUAUGAGGAAAGAAAUACCCAAGUUGAAAUACAAUUGGAAGAAGUAAAAGCUGGUACAGCUGCAGAAUAUCUUCAACCCGUUGAUGAAUUAAGACUAAAUUAUGAAACUCGUUUAGAAGUUGCUGAAAUAUUAAGAGAUUUGAAACUUGUCAAUAUAAAGCACAUUUGUGAAGCUGAACAACAAGCUGCUAUGCAAAAUUUACAGAGUGAAAAAGCUCUCUUAUGGGAUUCAAUAAAGUCUGACUUAGAAGACAAGAUUCGAAGAUUAGAAGAAGAUCGUAAUAGUAUUGAUAUUACAUCAGAUCUUUGGAAUGAACAAGUGAACCAUAGGAAAAACAAAAGGAAAGCAGAUCCACAGUGUGUAGGAAAACGUCGAAAACCUGUUACUGUUUCAGGUCCAUAUAUAGUUUAUAUGCUUCAUGAAAAUGAUAUUUUAGAAGACUGGACGACUAUUAGGAAAGCAUUGAAAGCUUCAAAACAAAGUAACGAAUUUGUAAACUGUUUUUCAGACGAGUUCAAUACUCCUGAGCAGAGGGUAAGUGCACGUUUUGCUGAUGGAAAACUCUUAUUCAAGGGAGAUUCAUUUAGGAAAGGGGAAUCUGUAUAUGUAGAUGACAAGAUUGACAGCCCCUGGCCGGCUCAUGUCAUAUCGGUGAACACUAGCGAGGUUCUUCUACAAAAGCAGGAUAGCAGUUGGAGCAGAAUUUGCAUAAGUGAUUUACAGUCUGGAAAAUUUACCAUUAGACAUGCUGUAUCCUGAAAAUAACUAUGGUCAAACAUUGCAGCAGCGUUUGAAAGAGGUACAUCUUCCAAAUCAUGAUUCAAUCUAAAUCUGAAGCAUCUACACUGUACAUAAAAUGUAUAUAUAAAGUUAUUUUCAUUAAA